UGUUGUGCUUGUGGGUUCGCUUAUGUUCUCGGCCGUUUGGGCAUGAUGCUUCUUCAACCGAGACCACGGACUCAACUCUUUCAGACAUCCUCAAAUCCAUAGAAAGAAACUGUCUUCGGAAAAUCUAAUCGAUCAUAGCUCUGAAUCCGACUGAACCCUACGUGAAUUUGAAGGAGGAGAAAUGUCGUUUGAUCUGAUGUUGAAGCCCUCAUGCAGCGGCUGUGGAUCCACCACGGAUUUGUACGGAAGCAACUGCAAGCACAUGACUCUCUGCUUGUCGUGUGGCAAAACCAUGGCAGAGAACCACGGGAAAUGCUACGACUGUGGCACCCCUGUCACUCGAUUGAUUAGGGAAUACAAUGUUCGGACGAAUUCCAGCGGCGAUAAGAAUUACUUCAUUGGUAGGUUUGUGACUGGUUUGCCGGGUUUUUCAAAGAAGAAAAAUGCUGAUAAUAAAUGGUCUCUGCAUAAAGAGGGGCUUCAAGGACGCCAAGUUUCUGAUGCUUUGCGGGAGAAGUACAAGAAUAAACCUUGGCUCUUGGAGGAUGAAACAGGUCAAUAUCAGUAUCAUGGUCAGCUUGAGGGUUCACAAUCAGCAACUUACUACCUACUAAUGAUGCAAGGAAAGGAAUUUGUUGCUAUUCCAGCUGGAUCUUGGUACAACUUUAACAAAGUUGCUCAGUAUAAGCAACUCACCUUGGAGGAAGCAGAAGAGAAGAUGAAGAAUAGGAGGAGGACUGCAGAUGGAUAUCAAAGAUGGAUGAUGAAGGCAGCAAAUAAUGGACCUGCUGCAUUUGGUGAAGUGGAGAAGCUUGAUGACAAGGAGACUGGUGGUGCAGCUGGUGGUGGGAGGGGACGUAAAAAACAAACUGGUGAUGAAGAAGAAGGUAAUGUCUCGGAUAAGGCAGAGGAAGAUGAAGAAGAAGAGGCAGAAAGGAAGAACAGACUUGGACUUAACAAAAGAAGUGGUGAUGACGAUGAAGAAGGUCCAAGAGGUGGUGAUCAUGAUUUAGAUGAUGAUGAUAUUGAGAAGGGUGAUGAUUGGGAGCAUGAAGAAAUUUUCACUGAUGACGAUGAAGCUGUUGGUAAUGAUCCUGAGGAACGGGAAGAUUUGGCCCCCGAAGUUCCUGCACCUCCAGAAAUAAAGCAGGAUGAAGAGGAUGAAGAUGAUUCUAAUGAAGAGGAGGGAGGAUUAAGCAAAUCUGGAAAGGAGUUGAAAAAACUGCUUGGAAAAGCUGCUGGAAUGAAUGAUUCAGAUGCAGAGGAUGACGAUGACGAUGAAGAAGAAGAUGAGAUUGGCCUUUCUCCUGUGCUGGCUCCAAAACAGAAGGAUGUACCUAAAGAAGAGCCUGCUGAUAACAGUCCUAUGAAAUCAGCUCCUGCUUCUGCUCGGUCAACACCACCUACUUCAAAAUCAUCAAAAGGGAAGAGAAAGUCAAAUGGUGAUGACAUGAAAACAACUAAUGGUGGACCUCCAAAGAAGGUGAAGACAGAAAAUGAAUCAAAAUCUUCUGCAAAAGAUGAAGGCCCAUCUCCUUCUAAAGUUACUGCAACUGCAAAGGGAACGCCAUCAUCAUCUGUGAAAACUGGAUCAACAUCGUCAGCUGGACCAGUCACAGAAGAUGAAAUCAGGGCUGUUUUAUUGCAGAAGGCACCUGUGACCACUCAGGAUCUUGUCGCCAAAUUUAAAGCCAGACUGAAAUCCCAAGAGGAUAAGAAGGCUUUUGCUGAUAUACUGAGGAGAAUCUCUAAGAUACAAAAGACUAAUGGACCUAACUAUGUUGUGUUGAGAGAUAAAUGAAGGGUUGCAGGCUGUUUCUGACCCCCCAGCUUCAACGAAAUUGAGUGGCAGGUGAUGCUCAUCCUCUCUGUCGCACAAAUAAAACAUGAAAAAAAUGCAAAAAAAAGCCCUAGGACUACCUUUUGUACCAACUCUAUCUUGAAACUGUACUGGUUCAUGCCUGUUUUUGAAGUGGAUUAAAACGAGGGUAUCAUGUAUUAAAUCAUCAUAUUGGGAAUCGUUCACAUACAAACAAUGCUCUGUAGGGGGUCCAGUAUUGAUCGUUCUGCUACCUGAUCAUGAAGCCACUAAAACAUGAAAAAGGGCAUAGGACCACCUCCUGUUUAGGCUUGUGGGGAAGUGGAUUUUAAACAAAUAUAUCUUUACUUGCAAUAAUAUAUAUAUUUUCUGGGUUUUUUACCCACUUAA